AAACUGUGUGCGUUUCACACUCUGCUUGUUCUGGGUAGACUAUUAAACUGGUUAAAAGCUGCUUGUUCCAACAGUACUGAACACAGUGAAGCUAGUUUACAGUGAUCUUGCUAUCUUGUUUCUCAUUCAAGAGAGUCUUAAUAGUUGGUCUUGUAUCUCAUUGGUCAGUGAAGAUUGGAGAUGGAUGCAGAUGUUAAGAACUGGUUAGACUUAACUGUACUUGGAUUCUUCAAUUUGUCAUAGCAUGAAAACAACUUAUUGUUGAAUAAGCAGGUAAUUUUGGUGUUAAAUUCUGAAGCAAUAUGAAUAACUCCUCUUUGACUAAGGCUCUCGAAUAUCCCUUUUGUAGAAUCUAGCUCUGAUUAUAAUAUUCGUCAUUACUGAUGGGAUGUGUGAAAUUCUCAGUCCCAGGAAUGCUGUUCCCCAAAGUGUGCCGACUCUGCUCCUCAUAGGAGCUGGUCAGCACGGCUGUUUGAAUCUAAUAGAAGGUUAAAGUAGUGUAAGGGUUCUCCUUUUCCUUGCCCUGCAGGUAUCUGCUCUCUGUCUUGCUGUAAUGGGCUACUACUUCAGACCUCUUCAGCUCAUUGUAGUGUAAAUGCUCUUUAAAUUUGAGAUCAAGUGCCCCCUGAUUAAAAAUGUGUAGAUACCUUGCUCUGUUCAGAUUUUCUCUGCCCACUGCCAUUCUUUCUGAGCCUUCUUAUUUACUGGGGUACCAAACACAGGAAUGAGUGUACUCCUUCACCCACUAAUCCCUGUGAAUUUUCUGUAAUCAUUUUGUUUUAUCCACCAUCUUUUUUCAUGUGGUUCACAAAAAACUGUUUUGUAUGCUGCUGUGAACCUUUUAAACCUAUUAUGUAGGACUUUGUAGAAGCAAAAGAGGGGAAAAAACGUUGGCUAGGUUUAGUCCCUUCCAAUAGAGGUGUUUUGUGGUGGAUUGGUGCCACUUUUUUCCAGUUGGCAGUGUUUCCUCCCAUGUGGCAGCUAAGAGGACUGUUGAGUUCCAUAGGAAAAGCAUACCUAUUUUGAAAACUGAGCGGAAGGCAAGACUUCUAGAUGAAUAGGAUGACUGAGCACAGAAGGAGGAGUAAGAGGAAGGUCAGAUUUGGCUGUGCACAGCCAUUUUUGGAGCCUGUUCUUUCCCUCUUUUGUAAUUGAAGGCAGAAACUACCCGGGUAAACAUUUGGCAUCUUACAAGCACUCUCUCGGUGGAUAUUUGAGAAUGUUAAAAUCUAGAACAGAAUAGCAGAUGCUACAUGGACAUCCCCUCUGAAUUAAAUACUUGGCUCUAGAGAUUCUUGAUAAUAACUCAGUAACCCAUAUCUUCCAGAUAAUCGUUAUGUACCUUCAGGUAUUAGAAUGUGAACGUAACCAACACCUGGUCCAGACUUCAUGGGUAGCCUCUGAGGGUAAGUGACUAAGACUUCUCCUCUGCUGCCCAAGCGCUAUGGUGCAGGGAUAACUGCGUCUUCAGUCAAACCAAAGCAGGCUCUACAAAGAGAAGGCUGACUCUAGACAGGAAUUACAUGAAUGACAGUCUACGAACAGAUGUCUUUGUAAGAUUCCAGCCAGAAAGUAUUGCUUGUGCCUGUAUCUACCUUGCAGCUAGAACAUUGGAGAUCCCACUUCCUAAUCGUCCUCACUGGUUUCUGCUGUUUGGAGCAACAGAGGAGGAAAUUCAAGGGAUUUGUAUAAAAAUCCUGCAGCUAUAUACUCGGAAAAAGGUUGACUUGUCUUAUCUGGAAAGCAAAGUAGAAAAGAAAAAACUAGCCAUUGAAGAGGCAAAAGCACUAGCUAAAGGUCUUCUACCCGACAAGACUCCCAAUUUGGAGAACACGUCAGGGUUUUCCCCUGUUCCUAAAAAUGAAUCUCCAAAAGAAGGCAAAGGAAAUAAACCUUCCCCACUUGCUGUGCAGGCGAUGAAGAAUGCCAAAAGAAAAAUGGAUGGAACAAAAAGAAUGAAUUCCAACAGCCCAGUGAAUGGCAUUCAGAAAGAAAGGGAGAGCAGAAGUGGAAGCAGAAGUCGAGAGCAGAGUUAUUCAAGAUCACCAUCUAGAUCAGCAUCUCCUAAGCGCAGAAAAAGUGAAAGCUACUCAACAUCGAGUGGUUCCAAAUCCCACAGCCGCUCCAGGAGUCGCAGUGAUUCUCCCCCAAGACAGUUCAACCAUAGUGCUAGUUACAAAGGCUCUAAAAUGAGGAGUUACAAAAAGUCAAAGGACUACAAAUAUUCGACACACAAGCCAAGGAAGUCCCGCAGCAGGAGCUCCUCACGUUCCCGGAGCCACUCACGAGAGCGUUCUGAUCAUUCUGGGAAGUACAAGAAGAAAAGUCACUACUAUAGAGAGAGACAUGAGCGUUCCCACUCCUAUGAGCGUACGGGUCAUCGUUAUGACAGAGACCACCCUGGCCACAGCAGGCAUAGGAGAUGAGCGCUACAACGGGUUCUCUUCUGUCCUUUGGGAUUCAGAGUGGAGCCCGGUUUCCCCCAUUUUUCCCUUGCAGCAUAGGGUUAGCCUGGGUCUAAACCACUUAGCAUCAGUAAUCUUUUCUAACCCUGUGCUUGUUAGCAUGAAUCCAAAUACAAGGACACUGAACAGACAUGAUGAUGUGGGAGACUUGAUCUGUUAGAUGGCUUAAUUGUUCUGCUGCUGGAGCGUCUCUUAGAAACACCGAAGAGCCUCUCUUGUGGUGGCUGCUCCUAUGCCUGCUCUUUGGUAAUAGGUAAAUUUGCAUACUGUAGUGCAAUGGUGUUAGUCUAUUUCGGGACUCGGAGUACUGAGAGCACCAAUUUCCUGGCUCAGCGAUUAGCGAACCCUGCUGAACUAGCCCUUCCUGAUGGAACGAGAAGAAAGCUCAAAACGUUUCAUGAAAACCAUUAGUGGCUUGGUGCUAACAAAGCUGUCGUUUCAUACUGACUCAAUUAUGUUGUACAAAUGUAAGGUGAUAUUUCUAGAACUGAUGCCUAUAUUAGGUUACACUUGUGUAUAUAUUUUGCAGUGUUUAACAAUACAAUAUGGGAAUAUGGCCUUAUUAGCCCUUCUACUUUCUCCACCGUGUAAAUAAGCAUUUGUUUAAUACAAGUGAAAGCUAUAUACUGAAAAGUCAAAACUUGAAUUCUAUCAAUUUAAGAUUUGUGUAGAGAAUUCUGAUAAAUGUGAAAGUAUUUAGCUCUGUGUAUUGAAAGUAGUAUAUUUUUAUCCGUGCAAUGCUGCGUGCAGGCCACCAGCUCAUAGAGAAGUUUCAUAUAUAUACAUUUUAUGUGUUUUGAAUAACUCUAUACUCAGGAUCUUUGACACGCUGAAGAAUUGGUAGUUUGUCAAUCUGCUUGCUUGUUUAAAAACAGAAGGUGUAAAAAAAAAAACAAGCCCAAGUCCGCAGCUCAGUUGUAUCCGUUUUAGUGGUAUAUCUGAGCUGUUCCCAUGCUCCCUAAUUUCAUUAAAGUAUUUGAUUUUGUAUUUAAACUC